GUCAUUACCUGUGCAGUGGCAGCCCUACCUUGCACCAGCGCGCGCGCAUCUCCGGUCAGUCAGUAGUGUGACAGUCGCGACGCGGAGCGGUUAUCGGUCCGCGAGUGUGUGCUCUGUUUAUAUUUGAGGAUAUUUUGUUUAUCAACCAUGAUUUCGGACGCCGAGCUCCACGAGCCCAAACAGGGCGGCGACAUCACGUUCAUGGACAUGAUCGACGAGGCCGAGGCCCGCGGCGAGUCCCAAAUACAGAAGUUUCUGUCUGGAUCCACAAUACUUCUCACUGGAGGGACCGGAUUCUUGGGGAAACUGUUGGUGGAGAAGUUACUAAGAACAUGUCCAGAUAUAAAGAAGAUCUAUCUUCUGGCGCGACCUAAGAAGAACAAAGAAAUACAGAAAAGACUACAGGAACAGUUUGAAGACCCGCUAUACGAACGCCUACGCAAGCAGGUCCCCGAUUUCAUGUCAAAGAUCGGUGUGGUUGAAGGGGACGUGGGGAAACUCGGGCUCGGGAUCAGCGAGAGUGACAGACAAACUGUUGUUGAUGAGGUUGACGUAAUAUUCCACGGCGCAGCCACCCUCCGCUUCAACGAACCUCUCCGAGACGCAGUCUUUAUAAACGUCAGGGGUACAAGAGAAAUGAUGCUGUUAGCGAGAGCCUGUACCAAGCUGAAGGCAAUGGUCCACAUCUCCACAGCAUACAGCAACUGCACCCUAAGCGAGAUAGACGAGGUGUUCUACGAGAGCCCCAUCCCUGGAGACAAGCUCAUCGAUUUAGCAGAAAGCCUGGAUGAGAAGACAAUUAACAGCAUCACACCUGGACUGAUUGGAGACUUCCCCAACACAUAUGCGUACACCAAAGGCGUUGCAGAGGACGUGCUACAGAAGUACUCUCAGGGUCUACCCGUGGCUGUAGUCAGACCUUCGAUUGUGAUUGGAACAGCGAAGGAUCCAGUAGCAGGGUGGAUUGACAACGUAUACGGACCUACAGGGGUGAUAGUAGGCGCAGAGCUCGGGCUCCUCCACGUGCUCCACGCGGCGCCGAACGCGUCCGCGUCGCUGGUGCCGGGCGACGCGGUGGCGGCCGCCUGCGUGGCCGCGGCCUGGAGCGUGUCGCGCGCCGAGAACCACCAGGCGCCGGCCCGGGACGCGCCGCCACUCUACCAUUGUGUGUGUUCGGAGAAGGCUCCUAUUACGUGGAGUCAAUUCAUGUCCCUAGCCGAGACCCACGGCCUGGUCGUGCCUCCCAUGCAAGCCAUGUGGUACUACAUGCUUACGCUGACCAACUCCAAGGCGAUGUACACCCUUCUGGCGCUGCUGAUGCACUGGAUCCCAGCUUACAUCAUCGACGGAGUGUGUAUGGUGCUCGGGAAGAAGCCACAAUUAAGAAAAGCCUACACAAAAAUCGAGCAAUUCGCAGCCGUAAUAGAAUUCUUCGCGCUCCGCGAAUGGCGCUUCCACAACAACAACAUGACACGCCUGUACAACGAGCUGUGCGACGCCGACAAGCAUAUAUACGACUUCGACACUAGCGCCAUCGAUUGGAACGAGUUCUUCGCGAACUACAUGAAGGGAAUAAGGGUGUAUCUGCUAAAAGACCCGGUGUCGACUAUACCUGAGAGUCUUAAGAGGCAUAAAAGACUCAAGUGGCUGCAUUAUGCGCUGUUAACUGUACUUAGUUUGUUAGUUUUGAGGUUAUUAUGGUUUUUUGUGUCGUUUUUGUUUUGAGCUAAAUCGUCUGGAUAGUUAAGUGAUAAUGGAUGAGUUGUAUUAAAAUGGUACAUAGAAAUGUGUAUUUAGGUAUUGUGUCAUUACUGCUUUGGUUUACAAUAUAAGAGCGUUUUUUCCAACGCAGUGACGAUAUACAAGGUGGGCAAACAAGAACUAUAUAUUUUGUUUUUAAAUUUUAACUAUAUUAAGUUCAAAGUUUAUGAAGUAUUAUUUUAUAAAUACAUAUAUUCUUGGUUGGCAAAUACAUGCUAAACAUAGUGUCUGACAAUAUCCACCACUAACAGACUUAUCAUCGCAAUUUUCAGCACAUUUUUAGCGUUAUUUUAGUUAAUUUGUUUCGGAUGGUCGGUUUCAACUGGUUAACUUUCAUCACCUUGUUAGCAUAGAUACUAAAUUUUAGAUAGCUUCACGGAAUUAAGUCAGGAGCUGCAAAAUUUGGGGAAUUUGGGGGCCAAUCACUGUUUCCCAAAAUUAAUCGAGCAAACAACGUGUUUUGACGACCGGUUUGACCUAGUGGGUAGUGACCCUGCCUACGAAGCUGAUGGUCCCGGGUUCAAAUCCUGGUAAGGGCAUGUAUUCGUGUGAUGAGCAUGGAUAUUUGUUCCUGAGUCAUGCGUGUUAUAUAUUAUAUAAGUAUUUAUAUAUUAUAUAUAUCGUUGUCUAUGUACCUUCAACACAAGCCUUAAUGAGCUUACUGUGAGACUUUGUGUAAUAAUGUCCUAUUAUAUUUAUUUAUUUAAACAACACAAACGUUUGAGAAAAAAAUGCUUGCUGCUAGAGGUAGACAUUUGGCAGAAAUUAUCUGUUUUAUACAUUUGGCAACCCUGAAUAUAAAAAAUAUUGUUAAUAUAUAUUUAUUUUAUUUAUUUGUUUGAAAAAAUAUAUUUAAUAAUUUUUGCACUUAAUAUAGUUCAAAUAUAAUAAAUAGUAUAACCUCUUAUUUGCUCACCCUGUAUUAUGAUAGCUACUUAUAAAUUAGAACAGAUAUGUAUCUGUUAGUUUUUCCGGUUUAAAGUACAAAUAAUAUAUAUUAUUAGUUAGGAACUAGAUCCUAGCAGAUACCUUUUAAAAGUACAUGUUGAUAUAUUUGUGAACUAUUACCUCCAUCUCAUUUAAAUCAAAGAAAAUAAAUACAUCUACGUAAUAUUAUAUAUUAUAAUAUUACAAGUAUCCUCAAAGGAGGUGUACUUAAUUCUAUUUUAUAUUAAUUUUUAAUCACAAUUUAAAUUUAUGUUACAUGUUUUAUUUAAAAUAUAUUAGAAUUUUGCAUGCUUGGAACCCGAUGAAUGUAAAUAAUUACAACAAUGUUAUGUAGUACAAACUACGCUGCUUAACUUUUUUAUAUGUUCGUUUUAAACGAAUUAAAUAACAUUAUGUUUAUUGUAGAAUUUAUCUUGAAACCCGAACAAACUUUUUUUUAAUACUUCUCUGUAUCAUUUUUGAUACACAAUAUAUAAUACGAGAAUUUAAACAAAUAGGGAGCGUGCAUGAACUGUAGGAGGCAGCACAGGAGCCGUCAGAUUUUUGGCGCGAGGCGUAAAUGUGACGUUUUUUGUUCCGAUGUAGCCCACAAGAUGGCAGAACCUACUAUGCACAAGAAAGCACGUGACGUGUAAAUGUACAUGUUUAUAGUUCCGAUUCAGGCCACAAGAUGGCAGACCCUCCAACGCGCACGGUCCCUAUACUGAAUAGGUUUAGCUAAUAAACUUUUUAUUAAAAGACUCUAAAAGAGUAAUAGAAUCUUAAUUAUUUAACUUAUGGAUGUAUAAUGGAUAUAUUUUAUUUUAUUUUCUUUUUUAUUACUGUGCGCAAAGAUAAUUUAAAAUAGAGGUGUCAAUUGUCAAAGAAAUGUAGCGACGUUUUACUGCAAUCUUUCGAAGCAAAAUUAAAAGUUUUAGAACGCCAUUUGACUUUGAUCCUUAUUAGUACAGUCAAAUAACGUUAUUUAUUAGUAUUAUUUAUUUUAUUUAUUCCUUAAAUUAAUCAUUAAAUUAUUCAUUAAUCAGUCCGGUAAAGUUAUAUGAAUUAGGGUGGAAUAAUUUAAUUUCCGUACCAUUUUGUACCUUGUCACAGUGACAAUCAAAUAUUUCUUCAAGUGGCAUGUCGUUUUUGAGUUAUUGGAAUUUUGAUUUUAUUUCAAUUAAUUAAAUUUGAAAUUUAAAUGACAAUCGGUCGGGAGACGACCGCCUACCACUCCAAGGGAUAUGAAACUCGCUAUUACUCGUACUACAAUCAAUACUGAUAUUAAUUUCCUUGACCAUACUUAUCCAUCUACCUAUAUCAAAAACCAUAUAUUAUGAUACUAUUAAUAGUUUAUUAAUACUUCUAAUAGUAUUGAUUGGCAGCGCCAUCUCUCUCGCUAGCUCGGUAUCACCUGAGUUGAUCCAGUUAGACGGUAUGAACCAUACUGUUCUACCUUAGAGAUGGCUAGGGGGCGCCGUAAGCCUUCAGUAAGAAAUGCAUAUACUUGGAAAAAUUCGACCAAUGCUGCCGUGACCCCGGUGGCCGAGUGGCUCAGGCACCUGCCGCGAUAGCAGAGGACGCUGGUUCGAUUCCAGCCUGGGGCACUGGAGGCCUUGGUCACUUUUUCUUGGUAUAUGACAUUUAUUUCAGUUCAUAUGUCUGUACGCUAUAAAAACACGCGCGUCAAAAGAGAAGGUCUUCAUGUUGGAGGUACCAUAUAUAAAGGGGUGGCCAAAUUUAGAUACUUAGGCUGCACCGUCACCGACACAAAUACUCGUGAGGAGGAAAUUGACAUCCGGGUUCAGAACGCCUUGCGAUGUAGUGCCGCCCUUCAUAAAGUGUUAGUGUCCAAACUCCUGAGCAAGAACAUAAAAAUACGUAUAUAUAAGACGGUCAUACGGCCCAUACUCAUGUACGGAUGCGAGACUUGGACACUAACACUUAAAGAAGAAAAUAAACUCCUGGUGACAGAAAGGAGAAUACUUCGAAAGAUCCUGGGCCCUGUGAGAAGAGAGGAUGGCAGCCUUAGACUCCGCAAAAACGUCGAGAUUGAAGAUCUUGUGGCUACACCCAAUAUUGUCGGCGAAACAAAAGCUCACCGUCUCCGCUGGCUUGGCCACGUUUUGAGAAUGGAGGAGGAUCGCGGCGCUAAAAGGGCAUACCUGGGACGCCCGGUAGGGCGGAGGCCUAUCGGACGUCCCAGAUAUCGCUGGGGCGAUGCUGUUGAAGCGGACUUGCGCGAUCUCCAGGCCGAUAACUGGCGGGAGAUGGCGCAGGAUCGAGACAACUGGCGUGUACUCGUGUCGGAGGCCAAGACUCAUUUUGGGUCGCUGCGCCAUUAAGUAGUAGUAGUAUAUGUCUGAAAAAUAAAAGAAUUUGAUUGGACCUAGAUGCUUGUAUUACUCGAAAUGACGUCUUAUUCGAGAUAUCAAUCGCAAACAGUGUGAUAUAAUACCGCAAUGGCGGUUCCUGAGCACAUCAUAAAGAACUUAUGUGUGUAGAUAAAACAUUGUAAUGUAACUGUACAUAAUUAGGCAUAAACUCGUGUUACAUUUUUUUGAAACUCGUCCGUUCGUUUCAUAAGCCCACACUCGUGUUUUAAUGCCCUUCAUUAUACGUAGCAAUCACAAAAUACUAUAAAAUGACAGUUUGCAGGGAUUAAAGUAAUAAGUACAAUUAUUAUAGUUAUAAUAAAUGGUAUUUGCUCAUUUUUUUAAUCGUUAAGGUGAUUUUUGUAAAUUAUGUGAUUACUUAAUUGUUGUAUUAUUGAAUAUGUACAAAAUGUAAUAAAUAUUUGAUAACGAU